AUGGGACACGAGACCGAGCCAAACUUUUCCGCCUUGGCCAACGAGCUCGUAGUCCAUAUUGCGAGCUUUGCGAGACUGCGCGAUGUGCUGUCUCUUCGUCUGACUUCUCGCAAGAUGGCAGGCAAUUGCAGCCGAGCGAUCAAACAGCGCAACCUCACGCUCUAUCUUCACCCACUCCGUGUCCAAGACGCUAUUGACGUAUGUCACUUGGACCUGUUUCGCAAUAGUAUCAACGAAGUCAUACUCUUGGGCAAGUCAACGCAGACUCUCCGGCCAGAUGAUUUCUCUGAAGGUUUCGACAAUUACCACCCAUGGCCACUGUGUGAGGAUAUGUCUGGUCUAGAUCGCUUCCACCUCGACGAUCCAUCGGCCUAUAGCGAAGAUCACCAUCGGCGGAAGUGGAUGCCAACGUGCUAUGCAAGCCUUUUUGAUGCGCUUAACAGGCUUCCAAAUUUGAACACCCUGAGCUAUGCCUCGACGAGUUAUCGCGAGGGACUUUGCCUAAGUUCGCAGGGCGUCAUCGACGCACAUAGACGGGAAGCUGAUCCUUGGCACACUUUCAUUCAGGACACAUUGAAAGUCCAGGWGGAGUAUGAGUAUGAGUAUGAGUAUGAGGUCGAGAACGAGAACGAGAACGAUGAUGGGGAUUUGGACGAGGAUCAGGAUCAGGAUGAGUAUGGGGGUGAGCAUGAUGACGAGGGUGAGGUUGAGAAUGAAGUUGAGAAUGAGGUUGAGGUUGAGGAUGAAGAUCCGAAUUGUGACUUCCUUCGAUUCUGGACAGACUCGGAGCUCAUCAUGGGUCUACUUGCCGCCAGAUGCGCACCCAUCAUCACCAUCAAUCUUCACCAGUCGAUGCCUGACAGGCCCAGAGUACGGUGGACCAGGAUACACAGCCGAUGGUCGCCAAAGACCUACCCCGUAGCCGCAACGAAGAGGGUUCAUAAACUAGAGAUCCUAGCGCAUGGCCAGCUGAACCUAGACUUUCUGAACGACAAUGACUACAGAGAUGCGACGAUUGGCAUUGGCCGUGGUGUAACGAGGCUGAGCCUCAUCAUGCCGGACGGAGACAUGAAGUUCGAGGGUUACGACGGCUGGGGCGGACUAUUCCACGAAUUUGCAGUACGAAUGCAAGACCUGGAGGCACUGGAUGUCAGAAUCGAUUCCGCGAUCGAUCAGCACUUCCAAAUGCUGGUCAGUGGAACUAAAGAUACAGACAGAGAGCAGCGCUUCGAGAAGGUGCAAGGUAUCGCCUUCAGCACCUUUUUCUACUACUUCUGCACUUCCGAUUUUCACUUCGACUGCCUUCAACAGCUUCGACUGACCAGUCCAUCAAUUUUGCCAGGUUGUCUUGACAGUGACAACGUUGGUCGGUUCCUUGAAACGCACAAGGCUACGCUUCGAGUAGUUUCCUUUACCAACAUUUUCUUUGCUGAACUACAAGGUGGCGAGGAAAGGGGUAUUCGUGACGGUAUGCUCGAAGUGAUCAGAGCUGUUUCCGGCAUCGCUAGCCUUGAGUCGGCGUCUAUGUACGUUCCUCGACUCGAGAGCGUUCUUGCUCCUGGAGUGCAUCACGACCAUGCUAAAUGCUAUCGCUCCUCCGGUGAGGACUGGAAAUCAACUUGGUUCACAAUGGCUGUCUUUGACGAGCUCGCAGACCAGUUGCAAAUCCCUCUAGAGGGCACGGGUUGGGAUUUCGUGAAGCACGUCGUCCCGCAGAAGCAAAUGGGUGCGUCAGUGGAGGCCUGA